AUGUUUUCAAUGAUGAUUGUUCUAAUGUUAUUUCCGGCAGCAUAUUAUUUACAAUUGAAUACAGCACAUUAUGCUAAACAUAUUGAUACGGUUGAUGAUAUUGUUGAUCUUGUUAAACAAGGAACACAUACAUUGAUUGCUCAACGAUCAAAAGUUUUGGAUGAUAUUUCAGGACUCGAUUUGGUUCAAUCAAAUUCAAAAUAUAUUUUUAUUAGUCACAAACUUAUUCUUUAUUAUUUACAAAGAGCAUAUGCAGUUAAAAGUGUUUGGAUCGGUACACAACCAUUACAAAUGGAUAUGGUUGCAUUUUCAUUUCCAAAACAUUCACCAUUAUUCAAACCAAUAAGUUAUCAAAUUUUAUUAACACACGAAAGAGGUCUAUAUCGGAAAUGGAUUCGUGAUGUAUAUCGUUCAACGAAAUUAGCAAAUAAGCCAUCUUAUUUAGAAGCAAUUCGAUUUCAACGAAGAUUUCGAAAAUGGUCAUUAUCAUCGACAAUAAUAUCGACAUCAUCGCCACCAUCAUUCGAUCGCAAUAAUGAUGAUGAUCAUCCUAAUUAUAAUAAUCAAAUUGUAAUACAUUUUCGUCCAGUACUUGAUGGUUGUAAACUGUAUGACGGUAUUUAUUUACCAAAAACUAAAUUUGAUUUUGAUCGAAUGAAAAUUUCAUAUAAACAAUGUAAUCUGAAUAAAUCAUUGAUUAAAAUUGCUAUCAAUGAUGUAGUACCAAUAUGUUCAAUCAUUGAUUUGGGUAAUGGAAAAAUUACAAUGGAUGCUGAUAAAUCGGUUGAUCUAUUAUUAGUAGAAACAAUGGCUAAAAAAUGGAAUUUUACAUAUGAAUUUGUCAAUGCUGAACAGGAUUGGGGAACAUAUAAAAAUCAAACAUGGACUGGUACGGUUAGAUUAUUAAUGGAUGGAUAUGCUGAUGUUGGAACUUGUGCAAUAUCAACAACAUUUUUACGUCAUAAAGUUAUUGAUUUUAGUUCAUAUAUUUUUAUGGAUCAUAUUGCAUUCAUUUUACAACAUCCUAAAACUUCAACAAAUAAAAAUAUAUUAAUACAACCAUUUGGAUGGGAAUUAUGGCUAGCAAUUUGGUUUUCAUUCAUAAUUGUUUGGAUUUUAAUAAAAUUUAUAACCAAACAAAUUUAUAAUCGUUCAAUCGAAAAUGUUACAAUGAAACUUUGUGCCAUUUCGCUUAGACAAACGGUAAAUUUUAGCAGUCAACAAUCAACACCAAUACGUAUUCUUUAUAUGGGUUUAAUGAUUGCAAUGAGCGUUUUGACACCAUAUUAUUGUGGAUCAUAUUUUGCUAUAUUAAAUAUAUCCGAAUAUGAUUUGCCAAUAGAUACGAUCGAAAAUCUAGUAAAAGCUUUAAGUGAAAAUUCUGUUAAUGCACAAACAAUAAAAUUAAGUUCGUUAAUGGAUUUAGCAAUGAAUUCUCGUCGAGGACCUUAUUAUUGGCUUGGAAUGAAUAUUCGAAGGUAAAUUAGUUGACAAAAUUUUAAUUUAAACAAAAAUUCAGUGAACAUUUUCAGUCAUUAUGAUGGAAUCGAUUUUGUUCAAAGUGAUAAUCGAAAUAUUUUUGUUGCCGAACAUUUUUUAUUAUCAUAUCUACAAAUUUUAUAUGCACAAAAACCAUUAUUAAUAGGUUCGGAAUAUUUUAAUCAGGAUAGUUAUGCAAUGAUAAAAUGGUUUCAAAAAAUGGGCCUAUUUCAAAAAUGGAUGCAUAAAAUUUUUAUGAAUGUAAAAAUUGCUAAUCCCAAAGCUUAUCCACAACAAGCCACACGAUUACAUUAUCCAUCCGAAAAAAUUGAAUGGACACAAUUACGUUUGGUUGAUUUUACUACCAUAUUUUCAAUUUGGUUUUUUUAUAAAAUAACCAACAGUUGUGAAAUUGUAAUGGAUAAUUCAAUGGAUCGUAUUAAUUUUCGUAUGGAAUGUCCUAAUCGUGUAAAACGUAUAUUUUCGAUACCGAUUUUGGAAAAUAAUGAUCAUAAACGUUGCCCGGUACCUAUAUCAAGACAAAUGUCAAAACCAACAUUACAAUGUGAUGCUAAUACUAUGUUUGAAUUGUUUAAACCAUUUCCAUUAUCUGCUGAUGAAAUAAUUUUCUGGACAUUUCGUGAUCAUUUAAGUUUUAAAACAUAUUAUGAAAACGAUUAUGAAGGACCUAUGACCGAAUUUUGCGUAUCAUCCGCUUUAUUUAAUACGAAUGAUUCGUUCUAUAACUAUACAAAUGAAAUGUCUAAUGCAUUCGAUUUAAGAGAUCUUCGUGCAUUUUUAGAUUUUGCCGUUCAUCGUAACAGAAUUAUUUCGGCUUAUUUACAAUCAAAUGGAAAUCCUAUUGAAUUCACGUUUAAAAAUUCCAAUGGAUGUUCGGCUUCAAUUAUCAUGGCCACUAUUGAUUUGGAAACAAGUACUCAACGACCGGUGCCACCUACAUUUCGAACAACUCGCCGAAUAGUUGAUGAUUCAUCAUCCGGUAGUGUUAUGCAAAACACAAGUCUAGAUACGCGUACUUCUCAAGAAAUUCCAAUGAAUCAAUCAAUGGAACAACAAUCCAAUCAUGUUUUGAAUUCUACAAUCAGUCGUAUUACAAAUUCAUCACCUUCCGAAGAUUCAAUGGAACAACAAUCAAGUGAACAUAUCUCAAGCUCCGGCAUCACUUCUGCUACCCGAUCUCAUUCAUCUUCUAAUCAACCAAGUGAUAAACAACCAUCACCAAUAUCAAAUCAAUCCGCGAAUGCCAGUGAUCAUCUUAUGCAAACUGAAAACAUUGAACCAAAUAAUGACUUUGAUAACGAUAAUGAUGAUGAUUUUGGCGAUGAUAUUAUCAAACAAAUCAUGAUGGAAGAUAAUGAUAAUGAAUUAACAUCAUCACAAUUUCAUUUUCUUCGUGGUGAUCAUGAUGGUGAUAAUUAUGAUGAACGACUUGACGAUAUUUUAGCAUCAUUUUCAGAUGACGAUAGUGAUUGAAUUUUAAAUGUAAAAUUUUUUAUUAUAAUUUCAUUUUUUGUUUUUUGUUUCGUUUGUUACAAUCAUCAAAUAUAGAUAAAUAUUAAAAAAAUUUAUGUUUACAUUUAUAACGAAUAUCGAUCUUUUUUAUAUAUGUAAAAAAGUUUUUUCUCCAAAAUCAAAUAU